CAAGAGUGUUGCGAGUAGCGAGAAAACCACAACCAGUGAUUCUGGUAGCCUUUCUAAACAGGAACAUAGACAACCAAAAUGUGCCGAAAAGUCCCUCAUAUGUACAAGCUUGUGGAUCCACAGAAUCUCGAACCUGCUCCUAGCACACCGGAGGAAUUCAUUGAUAUGAUUCGAGAUCAUCACAAGAGAAAUCCUGGGGCACGAUUUGGCAGUAAGAAACAGGGAAUAUGUACAAACUCAUGUAACAACAUCAUCAAGCCACAAUAUCGAGCGCGCAUAUCCUUACGUACGGCCGGUCACCAUGCUUUUCGACUUUGUGACGAGGUCAAGCGUAGGAUGGAACUGGGCUUUGAUGAUUUCAGCUCCGAACAAUGGCAAGCCCACAAUCUGUUCAAAUCACUGGUUGAGGAUAAAUCAGACAAAGCCCUGUUGAAGAGGCUAGCAAAGACAGAUGGAAGACAAGUCUCACAAGAUGAGAUGAAGCUGCUGAUCAAGACCUUCUCAAUGAUUUUCUUCCCAACUACGCCGUCGGACGUUCAGAUGGAACUGGACUUCCAGUGGGAGGAUUGGAGAAACACGCCAGGUGAAAUCGGCUUAUACUGCACCAAUGGUACCGACAUGCCUUGGAUCAGCAUGUGUGCUUUUAACGUUGACAAGAAAGUACCGAGCUACGGUCAUCUGAAUGGCUUAGCUAUGGACCGUCUGUCCACAAUCCUUCACGAGAUUGUGCAUGCAUAUUUGGAUCGUUACGCCUGCCGUUGUAUUGGGGUGUUCGGAUCGUUUGAAGAGAGUGUUAAUCAACUAAGUGGACAUGCAUGGGCGUGGCAACGGAUAACAAGUUCUGUGGAACGCGCUGCCCCUGACCUCACUGGUCUCCCUAUAAGUCUAGAACGGUUUAGAAUUAUCCAGGGCUGUUGGGACAAAUUCAGAUAUUGGCCGACUCAACAGGAAGUUAAGGACUGGCAGUUGUAAAUUCAUGAGGCCUAUGGGUAGGCUGCGUCAAAGUGGAGGUCGGAAUAGUUGCUGUCAUGAUGAAGUCGCAGUUGAAGUUGUAUGCCAUGAGUAGGAGAAUCAAUGAAGUGCUGUAUUCGAGGUUUGAUCAAAGGCAUCCGUUUUCGACCGUGAUACCGAUGGAAUAACUCGAUAACUCUGGAUAUCUGUGAUGUGAGGAUUGGUGUAGUUAUCGAGAAGGAAGUAACAAUAAUGGAAGUCUUACGACAGAACACUACUAGCGCGUUGGCCGGAUCAGCAACUAUGAUAGACCAUCCACGUGGCAAGUCGCAAGCAGCUAACAGAGACCACUAUGUCACCGCACAUUGAGAA